AUGGAUCAAGAGCCCGCUACGGCAGAAGCUACCAUUCCUCACCCCAUGCGGCUCCAGGACCCCAGUCGCACCUCCGACUUCACCGCCCCAUCAUUAUCGGCGGCAGCCUUCAAGCUUGAUGAGGGUUAUGCCGACGAGACGAAAAGCCAAUCGGAUAAUGAAUGUAUGAAUCCGCCAUCGGGAGACGCGAUGUCUCUACCAGAUUGGCUUCUCGCGCUCAGUGAGGCGGACAAAGCGGAAUUUGCCUUUAAUCUCCUUCAAACUCUACGUACCUCGACUGUUGCCAAAGUGGUGGACCGACUGGCUCCUCUAUUGCAUAUGGACCCCGUCCAAAAGCUUCCGCCUGAGAUCACCUCCGAGAUUUUUUCCUACCUCGACCCACAGACCCUGUUGACUGCCUGUUUAGCGUCGCGUUCCUGGCACAGCCGUAUCCUCGACACCCGACUUUGGAGAGACCUCUAUAUCGCCGAAGGCUGGCGCGUCGACAUCAACGCAAUUCGCACAUUCGAACAAGAGCACUCCUCAUUUUCAUCGCCCCAAAGUCGUAAAUCCCGGUCAAGAUAUACCGACCCGGAUGCAGGCGAGCCGAAGAACAAGAAAAGGGUCCCACAAGGAUGGCUGGACUCGCGUGCUACGGAGUUAUUGAGGGAGGGCACCACGGCACGUGAAGACGGACUGCGAGCACCAAUCGAAGCAGUUAACGAUGGAGACCACCGGAUGAGCGAUGCGCUGGGAGAUCAGGCCGUAUCCUGGGCUUCUAGACCUUCACCACUGUCUCCCAAUAACAGACGCGAUUCCCAGUCCGUCUUUCUCCCGAAGUCGAUUGGACAGCCGUCCCUCACCCGCUUCAGGUCCUCAAUCACGGUUCGUAUGCCGAAUGGCGCUACGAAGCUCAACUGGCCGCAUCUCUACAAACUUCGAAGACGAUUGGAGGAUAAUUGGACUAAAGGUCGAUACACCAACUUUCAACUACCGCAUCCCUCACAUCCAGAGGAGGCGCACCUGGAAUGUGUCUACGCCAUCCAGUUUUCGGGAAAGUGGCUUGUCAGCGGCAGUCGAGACCGGACGGUUCGCGUGUGGAAUCUGGAAACCAAACGAUUGUGGCAUCGUCCUCUUGUCGGCCACACUAAAUCGGUGCUAUGCCUCCAAUUCGAUCCACGACCAUCUGAAGAUGUCAUCAUUUCGGGCAGCAGUGACAAGAAUGUCAUUAUCUGGCGGUUCUCCACUGGCGAAAAGAUCCAUGAGAUUGAAGAGGCACACAGCGAUUCAGUCUUGAACUUGCGUUUCGAUGAACGGUAUCUUGUGACAUGCUCCAAGGAUAAGCUCAUCAAAGUCUGGAAUCGUCGCGAGCUCACACCGCUCGACAAGAACUAUCCUAGCGUACAAGAGGGAUCCGGCGUCACAUAUCCAUCCUAUAUAAUUGACACGAGUGAGAUCCCCUUACCUAUCCUGGAGGCAGAGCUUGCCAGGAACCAUAUCCGAAGCCUGGAACCGUAUACCCUUCUGAUGACACUGGAUGGACAUGGGGCUGCCGUUAACGCUAUACAAAUGAACGAGGAUGAGAUUGUUUCUGCGUCCGGCGACCGUCUUAUCAAAAUAUGGAACGUGCGCACCGGUGUGUGUAAGAAAACCCUGAUGGGACACGAAAAGGGCAUUGCGUGCGUGCAGUUCGAUAACCGACGUAUCAUCAGCGGAAGCAAUGAUGACACGGUUCGGAUCUUCGAUCAUGCCUCCGGUGCCGAAGUCGCUUGCCUCCACGGACACGGAAACCUAGUGAGAACCGUGCAGGCUGGAUUUGGCGAUCCCCCCGGCGCCGAAGAAGCUAUGAGAUUGGAAGCUUUGGCUAUCGAAAACGAAUUCUGGGACGCCCAGCGCUCUGGAGCGCCUGUCGACCUCGGUCCCAGCGCGCUCCGGCGGGCUGGACACCAACAAAACACAGCCGGGUCCCGAGAUCCCCGAGACAUUAAGGCUCUGGGAGCCAAAAUCCCGCCCGGUGGAGGGGGCAGCCAAUGGGGCCGGAUCGUUUCGGGGUCUUACGACGAAACAAUUAUAAUCUGGAAGAAAGAUAGCGAAGGGCGAUGGGUCAUCGGUCAGCGGCUGCGCCAGUCCGAUGCCAUCGUCAACACCAGACGGGAAGCCCUUCUUCAAACGGCGGGGGGUCCAAUGGCUAUCUCCCAAGCACAGGCGGCCAUGCCGCGCGGCAACCGCAUCCUUUUCCCCCCCAAUGUCACACUCGCGCCCACGCCCAGCCAGACCAAUCAGCAAAACACCGGUUCGCAGGCCACACCAACCCAACAACCACCUACUGCAAACUUGAACAGCGUCAACCCGAUGCUCGUAGAGCCAUGGUAUCAGCUCGUGCAAAACCCACCAACCGGAGCCACAGCAGCAGCAGCGGCAGGAGGAGGAGGGGCAGGAGCAGGAGUAGCAGCAAACCCGCUCCAACCUUCUCCUUACCAGCAGCACCAGAUGCGCCGGGCUCGCAUGGCCAACCAUCCCGGCCAUCCCACAUCCAGAAUCUUCAAGCUCCAAUUCGAUGCCCGCAAAAUUAUCUGCGCGAGCCAGGAUCCCGUCAUCGUGGGCUGGGAUUUUGUCGGCGACGACGAAGAGCUCAACGAAGCGUGCCAGUUCUUUACCGGUCUAUGA